CGGCGGCUGCAACCAAAUCUCCGGUCGGCGGCGGCGGCGUCUCCGGCGACCGCUCCGUCGCCUUCCUCUGCCUCGUCUCUCCGGCGUCGGCGGGAGGAGCCCUCAUCACAUGGGGGCUUCCGAGUCUAUCCUGUCCUGGCAGCAGCAGCAGCAGGAGCGGCAGCAGCGGCCGCCGUGGGCGGACGAGAUCACGACGGUAUCGGAGGGCCCGGGCGACGCCGCGGACGGCGACCCCCUCCUUCGCCGGAUCCAGUCCCUCACAAUCGCCCCGCCGCUGUUGAGCGGCCAGUCGGCGGCGAGCUCGGAGGCGGAGAGCAGCCUCACCGACAUCCUCGUCCGGAAGCAACCCUCCUCCUCCUCCGCCACCUCUGGCAAUUUGAAUCCAAAUGUCAUGUUUGAGCUUUUCUCAAUGUACCGGGAAUGGCAAGAAGAGAAGGCCAAGAAAAUUAGUCAAACACAGGAAGAGAUAGAAAACAAGAUAGAAACAGCUGAUGCUUUGGCCGUUAAGCUUCUCCAGCGGUUCAAUUAUUCAGUUGCUUCCAUGAGAUCAACCUCUCACAACCUUGCUGAAGUUCGCCCACUGCAGGUGGAAGUUGGUGAGUUGAAGGGCAGGUUAACUGAAGUAAUAAGUAACUGUGAUGCAUUGUGCAAGAGAAUUGCCGCAGAAGGUCCAGAAAGCCUGCGAUCGUCUGUUCAACCUUUCACCACUACUAGGAAAGUGGAGCCAACAGACAGUGAAACACUUGACCCAAAAACAGAGUCCUGAAUGGCACACA